AUGUCUGGCGAAAGCGAAGAACCCGGCGAAAGUAGGAGCGACAGAGCGUGUCGUUGCGAUGAAACACGCGCUCUAGACGCGGAAGUGCGGGCGGCUGUGGAGCGUGGCGUGGUGUUCCAAGACCCCUUUACCGCCUACUUGGAUCCUGAAGCAGUUAUCGAGGCCGAAGCCUGGGUUGGUGCGGGCACUCACAUCUUGGGAAACACCCGGAUCGAACAUGGCGCACGCGUCGGCCCUAAUGCGAUCAUCGAGGACUCCCGAGUUGGCAAAGGCGCAAUCGUUCAACCAUUUUCCAGCGUCACGGGCGGUUCAGUCGUCGGACCCGGCGCGGUUGUCAGAGAGCGUACCGAACUACGCGGCAGCGUAAUCUCGGGCGAAGCCGAGAUCGGCCCGAAUGCUAUUGUCGAAGAUUCCCGAAUCGCUUCGAAGGCCAAGGUCGGACCGUUCUGCCGAGUACGAGCAGGAUCUGAAAUCGGCUUCGAUGCGUAUAUUGGUACGCAAGCAGAAGUCAAAGCAAGCCGUAUAGGUGAUGGAUCAAAAGUCGGGCAUUUCUCGUUCGUUGGCGAUGCGAUUCUCGGUAAUGCUGUGAAUAUCGGCGCUGGAUCGGUGACAGCAAACCACGACGGCCAGCAGGUCCAGAAGACGGUGAUCGAAGACCGAGUGUCCAUCGGUGCCGGAUGCGUGCUCGUCGCCCCCCUGCGGCUAGGUACCGGCGCACGUACGGGCGCUGGUGCAGUAGUGACGCGUGACGUCGCUGAUGGCGAAUUGGUGCUAGGAGUACCGGCGCGACUGAAGGCGAUGCAUUAG